UUUGUACAAGAAUUACUUGGUAGGAAAAGGCCAAACAGUCAGCAAACUGUGAAACACGGAACUAGGAAGAUUCAUUCAUUUUGGCUGAUAAUCACUGAAGCAUGAGCUGGAUCUACUGCUUGAAUGUAGCUUUUCCACACUGAUAGGAAUGUUAUCAGUGCCACAUUAAGCCCUUGGUCAAGAAGGGUUAGGUGGAGAAAAGUGGGAUGUCAGGUUUCGGAAGAGGUAGCUGACACCAUACAGAGAUGGAGGGCUUCCCUUCACUUGGGGCAACGUCACUGCCCCAGUGACAAGAUGCAGCAGAACUGGCCUCGUGUGCAACAUGGCAACAUAAACAUCCAAACACCCAGAGCCAGUGCUGCUGGGCCUUGAAUGAUUUGUGUGACUGGGGCCAUGUAGGGCUCCUUAGGACCAAGGAGGAGGCUGAGGAUGGGAAGGUGUGAUCAGUGUCACCUUGACAGCAGCAGUGGGAGUGGGCCUGAAGCCCGCUGCCCUCCAUCUGUCCCAUGUUUCCCUGGGUUUCCCUUCCUUUUUUUCUCUAACCUUCCUAGUCUCCCAGGAUGCCUCGCCAUGUCUUCACAAACUUCCCAGGCUUUCAGCAUUUGCACCUUCCAGCUCUUGUGUUCCCUUCCUGGGGACCCACAGUGCCUUUCUUUCAUAGUAGAGCCUGAGGCCAUGUCCAAUCCCUUAGCACCAUCACCCUGCUCUGUCUGCUGAUUCCAGGGCAUCAUUCUCAUCCCAGGCUUUUCCUUUGUACCCAACAAAGAAACUCCCAUUUUCUAGACCUGCACUGCAGUGAGAUCUUCACCUUCUCUCCUCAGCAUACCUCUCCUAGUAGUGUCCCUGUACCCUCUUAGAAGGGUCCCUUAGCAGGGACCUUAGAACAGUCACUAGAAGUGGUCUUUCACAGGGUUUUCUCAUGGGUUCAACACCUCAGGAAACAACCAUCUGCUUUAUUUAAUGCCUCUAAUGACAACCUUUUGAUUUAAAAAAGUGAAUUCCUUUUGCUGUCAGCUUUUUAAAGCUUGGUCUAAGGAAAAAUAUCGCCAGCAGAAAUAGCUGAGUGGAAGCAAAGGGGCCUUCCUACAAUGUGCAAAGUGCCGACGCUGUGUGCAGUGUCAGCUCCACCACUGAGCAAGCGAGUGUCUGAGAGGAAGAGAUGCUGUAAAUCAAGCAUACACGGCUCUGGCAAGUGCUUGCUGCAAGCACAGAGGAACAAUCCACCUCAGCAUCCAGCUCUCGCACGUGUACUGAGGCACUUACCCAGCCACAGUAACUGUGCUGCUGCGGGCUAUCUUUUCCCUCUUCACUGUACAGGGAUUAAGGCUUGGUUGCCUUGAUGAGAAAGCUGUCCUGAUUGCUUGCAGUCUUUUAGCAUUCCUGGUUAAAGCGGUUUUAAAGUGACAGCAAAGGCAAUCGGAAAACUGUUCCCACUCCUUCCUUUGAAACAAACUUAAUUGGAACGUCUAAUUAAAUGCAACGCAGACUCAGCCCUGCUUGCUUCCACCAAGCCCCUUUGUAGUGCUUGCGGUGCUCAUCCUGCAAGAAGGAAGGGUAACUGGGGGAAACAUGGGCUGUGAAAGCAGGGUGAGUGGUGAGACUGGCUGCCUCUGCCUCUUACCUGCACUAUGAACUCAGGCAAGUCGCUUGGGCACUUGGAAUUCUGGUUUCCCUACUUUUAAAGGAAGAAGGAAGGCAACUGUUUUCCUCCUACAUCGUGGUUGGAGGCAGAGGAUUCUCAGUUGUUCUGGUAGCCUAAUGACAGCUUCAGAGAAGUAGCAGAAUACAUCCAUUUCCCCAUCUUUCCAAGCACAGAAAAGAAUUCCCCUGCCCUAGCAGAGAGCAGGCAGUGACUAUGAAAGUGAUGCACUGAAUUACAGAAAACUGAGUGUAGUGCAGGAAUUUGGUUAUAUGGCUGUUUGCAAAUUAAUGGCUAAAUCAAUUAAAUAAAAGCAUGGGAUUUCUCUUGAGGAAAGUCUAGUUACAAUUGCAAGGAGAAGGGGAGGGGUUGUGGAGUGGGGAUGACAUAAUCACAUUUGCGAAUCACCAGCAGUGUGCAUGCUUUAAUCCAUUAAUGGGGUUUUUAUCUGUGAUCAUAAAAAGCAGGUUACAUUCAGCCUGGAAGGGAGUGAGGGUUGGAGGAGAGGGGAGGGGAGAGCAAGAGAGAGAGAAAGCGAGAGAGAAAGAGAGUGCUAUUCGCUCAGUGAAUUGCUUGCAAGCUUUGGGCUGAUAAUUAGGGAUCUCAGGGGUGCAGUUUCUCAGAAUAACCUGCUCGCCUUUGGAUGGACCGAAUGGAGACAGUGGUUCAGUCCUGCUGAUAUUUUUAAAGCCCUCCUCGCAGUUUGAUGGGCAUUCCCAGUGCUUUUGUGCACGUCUCGGAGAGCGUUGACGUGGAAAGGAGCAGCAAGGAGGGGGAGGUUGGAGAAAAAAAACGGCAGCUCUUCUAAAAAUACGGAGGGCAUGCGAGAGUGCGAGCAGGCUGGGAAGGAGGGCGAGGGGAGAGCAGCUCGCACCAUGGUCCUCGGACACUCGGAGAUGUCCCUCCUGUGACUGGAUGCACCAUGAGCAUCUGGGAGGUGAUCCUGGCUUUUGUGAUGGUGGUGCUGAUGCUCGUGGCCCUGCUGGCCAACGUGCUGGUGCUGAUGUGCUUCUUGUACAGCGCCGACAUCCGCAAGCAGGUCCCAGGAUUGUUCAUCCUCAACCUCACCUUCUGCAACCUGUUGAUGACCGUCUCCAGCAUGCCCCUGACCUUGGCUGGGAUCAUUUACAAGAGGCAACCGGGAGGAGAUCAGAUCUGCCACGCUGUGGGCUUCCUGGAGACUUUCCUCACCACGAACUCCAUGUUGAGCAUGGCAGCGUUGAGCAUUGACAGGUGGAUUGCCGUGGUCUUUCCUCUAAGUUACCACUCCAAAAUGAGGUACAGAGAUGCUGCUCUCAUCCUGAGCUACACGUGGUUACACUCCGUGUCAUUCCCCAUAGUGGCAGCGUCUCUCUCCUGGGUGGGUUUCCAUCACCUCUAUGCCUCCUGCACCCUGUACAACAAGAGACCAGAGGAUAGGACACAGUUUGUGAUUUUCACUGGGGUCUUUCACACCCUCAGCUUCCUCCUCUCCCUUAUAGUCCUGUGUUUCACUUAUCUCAAAGUGCUGAAGGUGGCACGGUUCCACUGUAAGCGGAUUGACGUGAUCACUAUGCAGACCCUGGUACUGCUUGUGGACAUCCAUCCCAGUGUAAGAGAGCGUUGUCUAGAAGAGCAGAAGAGACGGAGGCAACGAGCAACAAAGAAAAUAAGUACCUUCAUUGGUACCUUUAUACUUUGUUUUGCACCUUAUGUUAUCACAAGACUUGUUGAAUUAUCCUCUUCGAUCCCCAUCAACUCCCACUGGGGAAUUAUCUCCAAGUGCUUAGCUUACAGCAAAGUAGUUUCAGACCCUUUUGUUUACUCUUUGCUACGGAAUCAGUACAAGAAGACAUGGAAGGACAUCAUAAACAAGAUCCUCAAAAGGAGCUCCAUCAACUCCUCUGCCCUCACCAGCGAGUCGCACAAUCGAAAUAUAUUGCAGCUGAAUGAAUGAGGAGCCUUCCUCGUGGGUAUGGGAUCUUCCAGAAGCAUUAAGUGAUAUAUGAGAAACAACAGUCAGUAACUGGCCUGUCCCUAGUAGCUACCCUCAGCUGUCAAGGCUUUGGGAAGUGGUCACAGGGGCUGUGUCCCUUCCACAGCCCUCGUACACCCAUGGGAGGCUGCUUUGAGCCUCCUCUCUCCAACUGCAGCGUGCUAUUGGUGCGUGGUCCUGCAGACUUCACCAAGACCAAUCUCCCAUUGAUUUCCAUCAGCAGUUACACAUAGAGUGAAAAGCUGCUCCUUGGUGGAAGGGCUCAUGAGAUUAGGGGGAGCAGAAAGGUGCAACAGCGAGAUUAUUUUAAAAAACCACACAGAAAUAAAUCUGUGCCAUGUUUUUCACUGGCUGCAGAUCAGGGUCUCUCUGAUGGAUCUGCCAGCUUUAUAAAACAACCUCAACCUGAUUGCUUCAGCAGGUACCCUACAGAAAAGAUGUUAAUAGGGAAAUCUAAACAGCAAAAUCUUUACCUGGAUACUCAUGCAGUGCCCAGUAUAGCUUUCAAUCUCAUUUGGUACAUAUCAUUUGAACAACUCUGUAGAACUGAGUGAAAAGAAAAUCUCUUUCCACUCUACAGGCUGGAUUCUGAUGUGUCCUCUAAGUAACUUUCACAAAAUUCUAUUACUUUCCUCUUCAUUAAAUUUUAAAAGUAGUAAAAAAAAAAAAAAAAAAAGUAGAUAAAUAGGUCGGAAUGGUUAGGAUGCCUCCUGCCUACUCUCAACCCCCUUUUUAGGAUUUCUGAAUUAUAAAUAGAUGAAAUUUGUCCCAAAGCUGCAAAAAUCAAGAAAUCAAGAAUAAUAAUUAAUUGGUUGUCCCUGCUAUGAUUUUAGUAAUAAUUCAUAAAACAACUUGCAUCAAGAAGAUGUGUCCUUGUCGUAAUAUCUUGAAAUUAUUUUCUGGUAAAGACCUAUUGGUCUCAGAGGCUUUACAUUUAUACUUUGAUAGGCAAAAGACUUGCAACCAAUUCUGACCUUGAAUCUAAUAAUUUGUCUCCAGCAAAGUCCACAAGGCAAAGGUAAGAUAACAAGAAAUUUUUACUUACUAGGUCAAGAAACUCUGUUCAGUGGCCACAAAGUACACAGAUUGUUGGUAAGGGUAAAACAACAAAUACAUCACAUGCCCAGAUUAUGAGUAGUCUUGGCUUAUCAGGUUCCAUGCAUGCAGUGGCAGUUUAUAUAACAGCUGACAUAGCUGGCUCUGUUAACAUCUAUUUUUCCUUAUAUUCCAACUGUAAAUACGGAAAUCAGAAUCAUAUUGAUGGAAUUACUUUUUAGCUGCCACCUCUUGUAUCCUCCAAGCAAAGGGCACUGAUGUUGUCCAUAGCUCUGCAAAAGACCUUCCCUUUGCUUGGAAGAUACAAGAGAAAGUAGCUAAAUUAGUAUAUUCUGCUUCGUUUAUGGUAAAUAACCAGUAUCAAUCAUUUUGCAAACUUCGGCAUACUGUUUUACAAGUUCCACCAUGAAUAUUUGUCCUUUAACACAACAGACAUUAUGACAACAACAGUCGCCUUCAUACCUUGCAAAAAGCAUCCACUGUUGAAGUUUCUCACUGUCAGUUCAAAACCUGGAUAGGUAACUCAGUGAACCCCAAAGUCAGUAUGUUAGGGGUAAUAGCUCGGGUGCUGGUGUGCAGAGCCUCACCUUAGCCCCACUCUCUGGCAUGAUAUCACAUCUGCAAGGAAAAUGUUAAUCUAAUGUUAAUCUCAUUGCCACCUGCAUUGUAAAUGCAAGAUUUAAUAGAAUGAAGAUCAGUAACAGUCAUGUAAAUAAAAAUCUUCAGCUUAGCUAUCCAGUUUAGUUAUAAAAGUACAGCAUAAAUGAAGUAAAAUACAUACACAAAUAUAGUCAUGGGAUCUAUGGGAACGGUGUUCAAGGUUAGCCAUUAGUCAUAUUACAUUGUCUACCUCAUCUUAACCAUUGGACUUGUUAGGCUUAAUGUAAUUUUCUCAGGUGCAAUAAGUAAAAAGACCCUGUUUGAUACUUCAAGCUGUUUGGAUAACUUUGUUGUAUCCUGAAAGGAUAUUACAAAGCUGUCAGAGAGGGUCCAGAGGAGGGCCAGGCAGAACAGGCUGCCCAGAGAGGCUGUGGAUGCCCCAUCCAUC